AUGCAAGAAUCAGGCGUCGGCGAACAGAUUCUGAGUCGAUACACGCUGUAUGAAACUAAAACACGGUUAUACAUCACUGCGUCAUCGGCAAAGCACCAUCGGAUACUUAAGAUCGAUCGAACUGCUCCGGAAUCGCUAUGUGUUGUAGAGGACCAUAUGGUAUAUGAUUCUGCUCAGCUCCAUACCCUGUUGCGAAUGGUCGACGAUGGCAACCGCAGUACCGGCGGACUUGAGAAGAUCCUAGACUUCCACGGUAUUAUCGGAUUUGUACGAUUCUCGUCCAGCUUCUAUGUCAUCCUGUGUACGAAGCGGUCGGUCGUCUCGCUAUUAGGCGGUCAUUACAUUUUUCACUGCGAUGAGACAUUGGUGAUAAUGUUCCGCCUUGGCACCAAAGGCGACCGCACUGCGGAAGAAGCAAGGUUGUUGAGCAUAUUCCAACAGGUUGACUUGUCGAAGAACUUUUACUUCAGGCACCUGAUUUUGCGAAACAGUUAUUCAUACGAUCUCACCAAUACUUUACAAAUCAACCUGACUCGUCCGGCGUCAUGUACGAGCUACAACACUCGCUUCAUGUGGAACCACCACCUUCUCACAGAAGCUUUCGGAGUAGCGAGCACAGCGACAGGUGAUAUGGAACCUCCAUCCGGUCGUCCGCGUGAAGAAGUGAUAAUACCUCGGAGCCCUUGGAUCUUGCCGUUGAUACAUGGUUCCGUUGAUCAAGCCAAAAUUCCUGUACUCAGUCGCACCAUUUACACAACUCUUAUCGCCCGCAGAUCUCGGCGGCACGCCGGUACCCGGUACCUCAAACGUGGGGUCAAUGAAUGGGGAGAUGUCGCGAACGAGGUGGAAACCGAGCAAAUAGUAUCAGAACCCCUUAUCACAUCUUUUGUGGCUUCAAAGAUGAUACACGGUUUCGGUGCCCCUGGAAAUUACACCUCAUACGUUCAGCUGCGCGGGUCUAUACCCUUGCAUUGGACGCAGGAUAUCACGAAUAUGUCGCCUCGGCCUCCUAUAGAAAUCGCAGUGGUGGAUCCAUUCUUUGGUGCCGCAGCGCGGCAUUUCUGUGAUCUUCUAGAGCGAUAUGGAGCCCCAAUAGUCAUCGUGAAUCUGAUCAAGGGCAAGGAGACUGUGGCGCGGGAAAGCAAACUACUCUCUGCCUACGCAGAGUGCGUAGCAUACCUAAAUCAGUUCCUUCCGCCUGAGGCGAACAAAAAGCUUCGAUACAUUGCCUGGGACAUGGCUCAAGCAACAAAAACCAAGUCACAGGACGUGAUCGGGAUUCUAGAAGAUAUAGCCGAGGAGUCCAUUCAGCUUACCGGAUUCUUCCACCGAAGCGCUCCACAUGUUGACCGUGGUAAACUCAACACACCUUCCAUGAAGCUCCAGCAGGGUAUCUGCCGUACAAACUGCAUAGAUUGUCUGGAUCGGACCAAUGCCGCUCAGUUCUCCAUAGGCAAGAAAGUUCUCGGCCACCAACUCCAUGCUCUAGGGGUCAUAGACAGCCCCGAUCUGGGGUUUGACAGUGACGUGAUAGACAUGCUCAUCGAAAUGUAUCACGAUCACGGUGAUACCCUGGCGUGGCAAUACACUGGCUCCGCCUUGGUCAAUCGAAUGGAUACAUAUCGCCGUACCAAAACCCGACAAUGGAGCAGUCAUUCUAGAGACCUUCUGGAGAAUGUCAAGCGGUACUAUAACAACAGUUUACUGGAUGCAGAUAAACAAGCAGCUAUAGACCUGUUCCUAGGUGUUUGCGCCGACACGAGGACCCGACAGCAAAUGGCAGCUAAAGACUACCGCCAUUGGUUCGAGCCAAAUGCCCUGGUACCCAAAACGACUGCUACAUUGAAUCGGAAUAUGAGCGUGGCUUAUGACGUUUGGAGAGACUACUACAAGCCACACUUGUUAUCUCAGUUUCAGAGACUAUACACUUUCAGUAUGAACUCGACAGCGAAGACAUCAACGUGA